ACUCUGUCUUAAAACAAACAAAGCGAAGCGCUUGCAUUUGACAUUGAAAGUGUUUAAAAUUGGAGCAGCAAUUGACCAAUUAGAGCCGUGGAAGGUGUGAAAAAUCAAUUGCAAUGGAGCAGCGCGCUAAUUUUCUAGCCCUAACGCUGCUCGAUGCCUUGGAGGAUGAAAACGAAUCCGAUAUAUUUGCUAUGCUGGAACGGAACACCAUAAAUUCUGGCAUUGUGCCUUGCGAGCGUGGACUGGCGCCACUACACUACGUAUGUGGCAUGGAGAAUGAGCAGUUGGCGUUCAGAAUACUGGAACGGUUUCUGGAAAGCCCCGAACUGGAAGUGAAUGUGCGCUGCGAGGGAAACAUGACGGCAUUGCAUAUAGCUGCAAUCUACGGACGCGUGGAGCUAGUGCGACUAUUACUGCAGCAUGGUGCAAGUGCGGAUCUGAUAGAUGAUGAGAACAAGCUGCCCGUGCAUUAUGCUAUUGAGGAGUGCCAUUUUGAGGUGCUGCAGCUGCUGCGUGAUCACAUUUGUCUCGAGCAGAAGCAGAAGAAACAGCAGGAGCAACAGCUCACACCCAAGAGUGGCAUUAAGUAUAAUUACGAUGUAACUUCACCAUAUUAUAUAAAUAUAACUCACAGACGCCACAAACCGCAGCCCAGCUAUCCAGAUAAACCCACGGAGGAGGUCAAUCUGUUUGCGCUAACGCGUGAUCAUCUUGCGGAGCUGACCGAUAGCCUGUCAAAUGGUGGUGGGCGCCGCACUUUAAUAGAAAGCUGGCGUGAUAAAGUGGAGCGCUCGCGUGCUCGCAAGUCUUUGCUGCAGGAACAACAAGUAGAGCUACUGGUAGAUGAGGCGCUGGCCAAAGAUGAUUUUAACUAUGAUCUGCAUGUGCAGGAAAAGCUGCGACAACAACAAGCAGACCAGGCGGAGCAGCAGCCCAAACCUGUGGAAGCGGGACGUGUAGCGUUUGGCGAGCUAGUGGAGCAAGUGGCGCAGGCGUGCGUAUUGGAGCAAAGCUUUCAUACAGCGCAGAAUGACGAGUUUCCACAAAAGCAGGACUACUAUCUUCAAAUGACGGAAGCCUAUGUGCACACAGAUGAUGAGCAUGGAUUGGUCUUCUAUGAGACAAAGCUGUUGCAGAAUGGCGACGACAAGGCAAAUCAAAAGAAGCUUACAAAACAGCAGUACUUAGCGCCGCCAGAGCUGGAAAGCAGCGCAAGCACACAACUAACUGUGCCCUUGGACUAUGAGACGGAUGCACUGCGUGCGGAGCUAACAGCAAUGGGUACGACCGUGGGGCCCAUAACACGCACUACCAAGCGUCUUUACAUCAAGCAGCUUAUCAAAUAUAAACGCAAUAAGGGUGCGCUGUUGGCGGCACAAAAGCAUGCCAAGGCGGCUGAACUUAAAUACUCCGUGGAGUUGCAUUACACGCUACGCUCUGAGGCAAAUUAUGCGCGCAUACAGGAGCAUUACAGCUUGGAGCGCGAUUCAGCGACACACUUUGCAACAGCCGCUCCCAUUCUGCGUCCGAUGCGUGAGGGACAUCUCAAACAAAGCUUUAUCUAUAUGCUCAUCGAUCCACGCAUCUCCAGAAACUUGCCCGGCGAGCGCGCUUUCAUGUCGGAGCUCAAUAUUUGGUCGCGUUUUCUCGAUGCCAUCUUCUAUGUGGGCAAAGGCAAGUCUUCGCGUCCUUAUGCCCAUCUCUAUGAUGCCAUGCGCCAACAUACGCGGGCCCACAUGCAACAGACUUCAAACACCAAGCGUGGCGGGCGCUGCUUGCUUAUGCCAGAGCUCUUCAAGUCACCUCCGCCAAUGGGCAGCGCUCCAGGCUGCAGUCGCAAGCUUCAACGCAUUUUGGAUAUUUGGCAACAUGGCAGUGGCGUUGUGUGUCUGCAUGUCUUUCACAAUAUACUGCCCACAGAUGCUUAUACACGUGAGGCUGCCAUUAUCGAUGCCUUGGGAUUAAAGCAUUUGACCAACUUGAAGCGUGGCGAUUAUUAUGGUCCCGCGCAGAUUUGGACUAUGAAGAUGAAGAAGCAAUUGGGCAUAGCUUUGCUCAAUAAGGCCAUGCAUAUUUAUUUGGCGGAAGGCGAGUCGCAAUUGUCGCCCAGUGAUCUAAUUUAAAUGAUUUAAAUAUAUAUAAGCAUAUAGUUCUUUUUGGCAAUGAGUACCAAGUACAAAGCAAAGGUUAUUAGAGGCCAAAAAACAAAGAUUAGCUAGAUCUCACAAGCUUAUUGUUAGAUAAUGUAAUUCUUAUUAUUAGUAGAAAAAUUAAAUGCAUGGAAUAUAGUCUUGUGCCAUAAUUUAGCAUAUU